UGGUCAUCCCCUGCACUGUCUGCAGUCUUUGGUCAUCCCCUGCACUGUCUGCAGUCUCUGGUCAUCCCCUGCACUGUCUGCAGUCUCUGGUCAUCCCCUGCACUGUCUGCAGUCUCUGGUCAUCCCCUGCACUGUUUGCAGUCUCUGGUCAUCCCCUGCACUGUCUGCAGUCUCUGGUCAUCCCCUGCACUGUCUGCAGUCUCUGGUCAUCCCCUGCACUGUCUGCAGUCUCUGGUCAUCCCCUGCACUGUCUGCAGUCUCUGGUCAUCCCAUCCCCUGCACUGUCUGCAGUCUCUGGUCAUCCCCUGCACUGUCUGCAGUCUCUGGUCAUCCCCUGCACUGUCUGCAGUCUCUGGUCAUCCCCUGCACUGUCUGCAGUCUGUCUGGUCAUCCCCUGCACUGUCUGCAGUCUCUGGUCAUCCCCUGUAUCUGUGUCCGCAGUCUCUGGUCAUCUCCUGUACUGUGUCCGCAGUCUCUGGUCCA